CACUGUGCUUACAGAGGAUGUCCUACAGUGCUGUUCUGCAAGUACAGCCCUCAUCUAUCACUAGUAGCUUGCAAAACCAUGGUUCACCUGAACCACAGCUGUUGUCUCCCACUGUGCUACAGAAGCUUAAGCCUGUACAGAGUAGAUCUCUUAAAUCAGCAGAACAAAAUGCCAAGUCUCCCUCAGGUAACAGCUUUACAGCAGGAAUCAUGGCUAUUUGAGUGAACCUGGAAGAAAGGUAGUAUAACUGAUGUGCACACUGCUCAGUAAGCUUAUCUUGAAGUUUCAGAGGUUAUUGACUGAGUAAUAGGAAAGGUUCUUGUAUGGCAUGGAUUAUUAGGAGCACGGUAUAAGUAAAACUAUGUCAGACAAAAUAGAGUUUCAGAUUACUCUGGCACUAAGAUUGGGAUAGAACGCUAUUAAAACUGAGGUUUGUGCCUCCCUCCCUCAAUAAAGAGAGCCAGCAACUGGAGGCAAGAUGGAAAAUGAUUCCUUAAUGAACCUAAGGUCACAGGAAGUACUGAACAAUUCAAUGCAGGAGUUAAAUGCUUAAAUUUCUGCCAUCAUUGCUCAAGUUAACACAGGAAGUACUUAUUAGCUGAACUAGCACCACAAGCCUUCUGAACUGAUCAGAGUUAUCUAAACAUAUCAGCUAUAAAUUGCUUAGAAGCAUGAUUAAGAAGUUAUUGUUUUCUUUCCCUUAAAUCAGAAGGUCUCAAUUCAGGCACUCCUCAGUUGUUUACUAAAAGAUUGCUUGAGCUGGUAGCUGAUAAUCUGGAGAAAAAAAAAUAAAAUAAAACUUAAUACAAGCAACUGUCUCAGUGCAGCUAGGUUGCAUGUCAUUGUAGUUGGCAAAUCCACAGCUCUAAACAGUGAGAUGCAGAACUACAGUGUGUAGGUUCUGGGAAACCAUUCACCCCUUCUUUAUCAGGUAUGCUUGCAGGUGUAUGUGCUUUGCAUGAUACUUCAGUCGAGCAAAUGCCUCAGACUGCUCCAAGGACAGAUCAGCCUUUUGAUAACCAGUGUACAGAGGCUGUUCCAGAGGUAUCCAAUGCAACUUUCCCUGUUGACAAUGCUGAUGGGACUAAAGCUGAAAAAACACUAACUGAUCUAGAUGAAGUUCAACACAAGGCCAGUGAGAGAACUGCUGACUCAAAAUCUAUAAACCAAGAGCAGAGUAUGUACUGUCACAAUAAGAACUACAUGAUGUAAAGGCUAGAAAGUUAAAUGUGUAUGAAUCUGUCUUGAAGAAAUAAAAUGUUGAACACCUGUGCAUGAAUCAGUUGACAAAGUACGUUAUUUGCUGUGGUUUUGGUUUGUUGUUUUUUUUUUUAAGGAAAAAAAAAAUACAGGUCCUUUCUUGUUCUGUGCAAAAUAUAGAAAGCAAAAUGACUUAAUACUGACUUCA